AUGACGUAUGAGGAGAUACAAGAAAAAUACCCAGAAGACUUUGCAAGACGAGAUCAAGACAAGUUUCACUAUCGCUACAAAAGAGGAGAGUCCUAUGAAGAUAUUGUGAUUCGUUUGGAACCCGUUAUUAUUGAGCUAGAAAGAGAGCAAAACGUUUUGGUUGUAUGUCAUCAGGCUAUUAUGAGAUGUCUUUUGGGAUAUUUUCUCGAAGUAUCCAAGGAAGAAUUGCCUUAUAUAGCCGUGCCUCUGCACACGGUUUUCAAACUCACUCCUAUCGCUUACGGUUGUAAAGUCGAAAAGUUUCCACUUGGUAUUGGAGCGGUAAACACGCAACGUGAGCGACCGAAGAAUGUGCAGGUUGGCAGAAAAUCUGAAGACGCUUUGGUGACCGUACCACCACAUCGUAACUAA